AUGAAUUAUCACUGUGAGAAACUGUGUUGGAUUACUUUAUUUUUCGCCAUGAUGACGCAGCACUGCUGGUGUUCCUCCGCCAUCCGGCUGAGCGAAACACCUGAGGGGCAGCACGUGCCCAGAGUCACCUGCUCUGACCGGAGGAUCCGAGCUGUGUUUGGUCCUCUGGUCAGGAGUAAUGUGCACGUUAAAGAUAAGACAGGGGCCGCCAUCCCAGUGCCUGAGUCUGAGGGCUCCUGUGGGGUGGGACUGGGCCGAAAGAGGAACCAGAGCCUGGCCUUCUACAGCAGAUAUGACAGCUGCUAUGCACAGAUUGAGGGCAGCAGAGUCAUCGUCCUUCUGAACGUUCAGCUAACAGGAGAGGACGGGUGGUUCAAUGUAACCAUCGGCUGUCCUCUGAUAAAGAGACACAACGAGAGGACCAAACGCAUCCCAGAGUCUUUCCCUGGAGACUGUGCCACAGAACGAGUUCUCAGAGUGGACUGUGGUUACCAAAGCAUCUCUAGAGAGGCCUGCAUCAAACGGGGAUGCUGCUACGACGCUGAAGAUGUAACCUGCUACUACAGACUCAAUGCCUGUUCUGUGGACGGACACUUUGUCUUCUCCGUGGCGGCCUCAGACACAGAGAAGACCUUUGAUCCCAGCAGCCUCAUAGUGAAGGACCAGCCUCAGUGUUUCCCUGUGAUCACCACACCAGAUACAGCUGUCUUCAAGAUCAGACUCACGGAGUGUGGGGCAAAGUUAAGGGUGGAUGCAGAUGUGACGAUCUAUGAGGUGGAAGUGGAAGAGCUGCACACGAAAAGUACAAUCAAUCAUUCUCCAUUUAGUCUCCAGGUGCAGUGUGAGUACGACGCCUCAGAUCUAAAGCGUGCAGAUGUGUUUCGCUCCUUGUUUCCGGUGACCAACCCCCCCACUGUGGUCGGACUGGGAACCAUCGGAGUGCAGAUGAGGAUAGCCCAAGAUGCAUCCUUCACAUCCUUCUUCCCUGAGGACCAGCUUCCUGUGUCCUUUCCGCUGCGCAAAAUUCUGUACGUGGAGAUCUCCAUCGCCCAGCCGUCACUAGACCCAACUCUUUCCCUACGAGUGAGGGACUGCUUCGCCUAUCCUGCGUCCAGACAAUCUGUGUGGACGCUGCUCUAUGACGGAUGUCCCAACCCUUUGGACAAAAUGAGGAGCGUCAUCCCUGAAAACAACCAGAAGACCUCCAGCCACUCCCAAGUCCGGAGGUUUGAUGUAGAGAUGUUUGCCUUCUUAGACCCUCAUACCGGCAGUCCCAAUGUGGAGGAGAUGUACUUCUUCUGUUGGGUGGAAAUCUGCAUGGAUGAUGUCGACUGUGCACAGAAAUGCUCCAUCGUCUCCUCUGAGGGGGAGAGACAGAGGAGAGACGCUGAGUCGGACCAGGUCCAGCUGGUCUCUUUAGGACCGCUGCUGCUGGGUCAGAACAGCACCGAGCCAGAGGAGAGUCUGUGUGCCAGACAGAAUAAGAUGUUUCAGGUGACGAUGUAUAUUCUCUGUGGUGUCGGAGUUGCUCUGAUCUUCAUCCUGACGUUCACUGUGUGGUCCUGCACCAGAAAGAGGCAGAAGCCAGAAUCAAAGAGUGUCCAAGAACAAGUUGACAGUGAACAAUGUCAAUAA